GUUUAGACGGUUGCUCUGGGUGAACACAGUGACAGUAUCGCAUCAAACAAGAAAUCAUACUCUUCCCCCUAAAUUAACCCAGUCUCCCCCUUUCCCUCACCUAUGGCGUCCAAUUCUAAUAUCGAUAUCGAGGGUGCGACCCAGCAUCUCCGGGACAUCCUCAAGCUAGACCGUCCCGGGAACAGCGCCGCACAAUACAUUCUUUCAAUGUCUUCCUCAGAUGUCCAAACAAAUGAAGGCCAGAGGAAGCCUUCUUUCAACGGAGAGCUCAACGGCUUAUUGGGAGUCGGGCUGCUGGGGAGCACUGAUCGGUCAACCAUGUCAGAAACUAGCAGACCCAUCUCUACAGAUAUGAGCUGCUCUCAGGAGACUAAGAAAAUCUGUCUUUCUGGUGACGACGGGUCUACCUGCAUCCCCAUCACCUCAAACAACGUGGAGAUUGUGGCAAGUCAAGAUUCCAGCAUCAACAGCAAGGCUCGAGGCAGCAACAAGGUGAAGAUUCAGCCGGUUGCCAAGUACGACUGGGAACACAAGUAUUAUUAUGGCAGACUGAUAGCUGUGUCCAACUCCUUCCUGGCCUAUGCCAUCAGAGGAGCCAACAACCAUGCAAUGAUCCGUGUCCUGAGUGUGGAAUUCGCUGAGCGCUCCCUGCUCAAAGGAUUCACCGGGGCCGUCACAGAUCUGGCUUUUGCCCACCUCGACUCCUCCCUGUUGGGCUGUGUAGACGAAGCGGGCAACCUGAUGGUCUGGCAGCUCACCUGCACUGGAAGCAAGAUACUAGAUCAGAUAGUGGUUCAUAUCCGACGACCAGAAGACACCCCACUGAACUCCCACCGCCGCCUCAUCUGGUGCCCGUUCAUCCUGGAUGACAAUGAAGAGAACCAGGACGACACCAGCCAGACCCUGGCCCUUUUACAUGAAGACAGGGCUGAGGUAUGGGACCUGGAAGUCUUGAGGGCAAACAACACCAGCUGGCCUGUUGAUGACACAGAACUGAAAGAUGGCCUCAUCACAAUCAAAGGACACACUCAGCGAGUCAGCGAAGGUGCACUGUCUCCAGAUGGGACGGUGUUAGCCACAGCCAGCCACGACGGAUACAUCAAGUUCUGGCAGAUAUACAUCGAGGGGGGACAGGACAAGCCCAGUUUUCCUUCCUCUCCGUCAUCCAGGUGUCUUCACGAAUUGCGGCCACACGGAGGACGUCCCCUCUCUUGUCUACUUUUCUGCGACAACCACAAGAGGCAGGACCCAGAGGUUCCUUUCUGGAGGUUUCUGAUAACUGGAGCAGACCAGAACCAGGAGUUGAAGAUGUGGUGCACUGUUUCUUGGACCUGCUUACAAACCAUCAGGUUUUCUCCGGAUCCGUUAAACUCAACCCUGCCAAGCCUCAAGGCCAGUCUGGAUCUGUCUUCUGAGUAUCUGAUCCUCACCGACGUCCAGAGGAAGGUUUUGUACGUGAUGGAGCUACGACAGGACCUGGAUAAAGGAAAGGCGGGUUUCACGGCCGUGUCAGAGUUUUUGCUGACCCACCCUGUGCUUAGCUUUGGGGUCAGGGAUGUGAGCCACAGCCGGCUGCGACACACCGAGGUCCUCCCAGCAGAGGAGGAGAGCGAGAGCAUGACUACAGAAGGAACUCAAGGACCCACCGAGUCCAAGUCCGGGAUCCAGAUUAAACUCUACUGUGUUCACACUAAGAGUCUGCAAGAUGUUCAGAUCUUGUUUCAACCCAGUGCUGGUUCCAGUUCUCCAGCCUUCCUUCCACAUUCUGAUUCUCAGGACGGCUUGGCCGGGUUUUCGGACCAUCUCACUGACCAGAGCUCUGACAAGGACUCGGGGAGCGGCUCCCAGACUGACCUAAGGAAGAUCCCAUCGCUUCCUGCUCCCUCUGACUUCCUGUCGAACUCUGCCACCAGCAGCGGAGCGAUGCCCAAGCUGAUGACGCCUGACGCCUUCAUGACACCAAGCACUUCGGUACCUGCGUCUCCUGGCAGCAGCGCUAGCAGCCUGACCAUAGUGACCGCUAUCAGUAGCAACUCUGACUCAACUAACAGAGCUAUGGACGAUGUCAGUCAGAGUCCUAACAGAGCAGACAAUAGCAGCAGUAGUAGUCUGACUCUCUCUGCCUCCACCAGCAGCCCCAGAGCUGCUUCUGCUGUGCUGUUGCCUGGACUCGAGAACCUACAGGCUUUGGCAUCCCCAAGUGGUUCCCUGGCACUAGACAACCCUCAGGUCCUGGAUUCUCCUCUCCUGCCGCCGCUGGGCUCUCCGACGAGGGCCCGGUCACCUGACGUCAUCUCCUCGGCCUCCACGGCCAUGUCCCAGGACAUGCCAGAGAUCGCCUCCCAGACGCUGCAGCUUCAGCGCGGAUUACUGCCCAGCUUGGAGCCCUUAUCUCUGUCUGCCCUCCAGACGGACAGCAUGGCCUCUGCCGCCUCUGCUCUGCACCUACUGACUUCACCACGCACUGCCAACAACAACAACCUGCUACCCCUUGAACUCGGAGGAGCAGACGGACCCGUGGGCGGGGCAGCAGAGUCAGAGCCCAGACUCAGCCAUACCCCGUCUCUACUUGAGAACGCGCUAUCGCAAGAAAAUCCCGGGGCGGGCGGAGGGUCUUCGGAUGGCAGCGUUGGCCACACCUCUUGGCCGGCUGCGCCAGACAUCACCAGGGAAACCAGGAACAGCCUCAGGGACAACGGUCUUGUAGACUGUUCAAGAGAGGAGUCGAAGGAGAGGCACUUGAGCUCACCUUACCAUCGACGCUCUUAUCACCUCACGCAGAACGACAGUCAGGAUGCCGGCACCGAGCAGAGUGACCCUGAUGAUGAGGUGGCCAGUCUAGCGUCAUCUUCUGGAAACUGCGGCUCUCGCUCUUCUCACAGACUACCGGUGAAGGACUGGAAGGCUUCACCUCGAGGCUCACCAAAAGUGAAAAGGAAGAUCAAGAAAGAUGACGGUGAAUCAUCUCAGGCCAGGCACAUGGACUCUGCUCAGUUCAACACGGAGGUGCAGGAUGAGUUGCUGAUGCUGCUGCGUAGCCAGCAGAGGGAGUUAACUGAACUACGAGGGCAGAUUGAAACCAUGCAGAGCUCCAUCAUGGCUCAGGUGGAACACGUCCUGACGAACCACCAGGAACAAGAGCACCACAGACUAGAGCGAGUGCUGGCGGAGAGUCAGAAUCACCAGCAGCAGCUUCAGGAACAGCUCAGCCAGCAGCUCAGCCACGCCCUGGGCUCAGCGCUGACCAGCAGAAUGGACAAAGUGCUGCGGGAUGAAAUGAAGAAGACGGUCCCACAGACGAUCUCUAAGAGUCUGGAGCCGGUGACGGGUCAGCUGAGCAACACGAUCGCUGCCAGGCUGGCCGCCGUGGAGGUCAUCCUCAAGGACAACGUGGUGAAGGUGGCCAAAUCCAAAAACACAACGGAUGCGAUCGGUCGAGCAGCGGCUGAAGCGAUGCAGGGACCCAUCCAAGCAGCCUACAAAGACGCCUUCCAGAGCAUCGUGCUGCCUGUUUUUGAAAGAGGCUGCCAGUCCAUGUUUCAGCAGAUCAAUGACAGCUUCAAACAGGGCACACAAGAAUACAUCCAGCAGCUCGAGACUCAUAUGAAGAACAAAAAGCAGAGAGAGCAGGACACGCGAGACCCCAUGGUCGGGCAGCUCCAGCAGAUGAUCGACUCCUUCCAAAGCUCCACUGAUCAGCUCGCCAAUAACAUCACAGCUAAUGUCCGGGCUGAGGUCCAGCACCAGAUCCAGAUGAUGGUGGGAAACUUGCAGGAGUCUAUUCUUAGCCACGUGCAGCGGAUUGUCAAAGGAGAGGUGAGCCUGGCCAUGAAGGAGCAGCAGGCGGUCGUCACCUCCAGCAUCAUGCAGGCGAUGAGGUCGGCGGCCGGCACGCCCGUCCCCACAGCGCACCUCGACUACCAGACGCAGCAAGCCAACAUCCUGCAGCUCCUCCAGCAGGGCCAGCUCAACCAGGCUUUCCAGCAGGCUCUAUCUGCAACAGAUCUGAACUUGGUCCUGUACGUGUGCGAGACCAUCGACUCUCAGCAGGUGUUCGGUCAGCACCCCUGUCCUCUCAGCCAGCCCGUGCUGCUGUCCCUCAUCCAGCAGCUUUCUUCCAACCUCUCAACCCGCUCUGAGCUCAAGAUGAGCUACCUGGAGGACGCAAUAAUGAACCUGGACCACGGCGACCCCCUGACCAGAGACCACAUGUCUUCAGUGUUGGCCCAGGUCAGACCGAAGCUCUUCACCUUCCUGCAGCAGGACCCCCACAGCCCGCUGAGCAAGAGGGCGCGGCGCCUGAUCAUGAUGCUGCAGGGACUCGUCAACCACUAGUCCUUCGCUCCGACGGGUUCCUCCUCGUCGACGACCGCUGCUGUCGAAUGUUUAAGAGGAGAGAGGGAGCACCUAGGACAGCUACACCCCGAAAAUCCAGACCUUUCCCCUCCACCUCCUCCACCACCUCCUCCUUCUCCUCCGCUGCGCCAGUGAAGUGUCAAGACAGUUUUUUUGUUACUUGUUUUUCCUGCAAGACAAUAAUUGUCUGCACAGAAAGAUUGUUGUGGAUAUCUGUUCGAGAGACUCUUCAGUUCCCUGUAGAUACUUCCAGACCUUCAUUACUGCUGCUUUUUUUUUUCCACUUCCUCCACCCUUUUCUGGCCAUUUCAUCUCUGCCUCCAGUCUUGAGUUUGAUUCAUCUGUUCGUCUCCGUCUUCCCUCCACCUGCAAAAAAAAAAGAACAAAAAACAAAAAAACAAAAACGCAGACGCUUCAUCUAAAUGUCGGCGAAACUCGAAGAUUCUUCUGACCAGAUGUCGUUCCUUUUUUUUUUUUGUUGUUGUCGUUGUUGCGACACAAGGAACUGUGACGCAGAGAGCUACUUCUGGAAGUAAAGUCCACGAGAAAAAAAAAAAAAAAACACCUCGACAAGUAAUCAGCGGCAUUUUUUCACCCCCCUCAACACAAACAAGCAUCCUGGAACCUGGAAUUCAGUUGUGGCAGGAUUAUGUAGUUUGUUUUAUUAUUAUUUUUUUUUUUUUUUUAAAGCUAAUCCUGGCAACCAGAAGUAUGUAACACCCAGAGGCGGCAUAUUUCCUAUUUUCAGUUAUUUCUUAAUAGGUGGAAUAAGGCCAGAUCUCUGCAGAGGGUCGACAAGUUAAAUAAUAUGCAUGCCUCUUUCUGAUUUCCUUCGUUCGGCUUUGUUUUUAGAAAUUGCUCGAAUGACGGUUUCUGAAACUUAAAUAUUUGCGAGGAUCCUCCGAAAGGCUGAAAAGAAUUCCCCCUUAAUAAAAAAUAAAUAAAUAUAUAAAUAAUUGGACAUGUUUGGAAGUCAGCAGCCGUCCACAUGUAUAGCUCUGUCCCCCCUCCCCUUCCUCCCUUUCCCCUCCCACCUUUCUUCUGUACGUCACUCCCUUUUUUUAUAUAAACAUUUAGUAUUUGUAAGCCAUGUAUACUUGCUUUGUUAAAUUAGCUUCCUACACAUAAUUGUUACUGAUGAUGUUGUUUUACCAGGAUAUUCCAAAUGUUUGUAAACUUAAAUGUGCAGUUACUUCUCUUAGGCUCUAGGAGGCAGCCCUUAGUCAGACUGCAGGCCCACCUGGCCCCCUGCUUCACAUUUUAGGUUUUGAAUUCAUUCAUUCCUGCUCUUUACAGUAUCUGUCCCACCAGACCAGACCAGACCAGACCAGACCAGGAGAGUGUGUGAUCAUCUGUGUACAGCCCCAUUCACACACACACACACACACACACACGUCAUUGUGUAAUUACAGGGUGGCCACACUGUUUAGCCGAUUGUAAAGAUAAAACUAAAGUUGUGUUAAUUUGACCCGUGUGUUUAGAAUCAGUUGUCUAGCAAGUGCCUUACUGUAUUUUAUCAGUUCAGAACGACUUUUGCGAGCGUUUGUCGGUAAACGUUUGCAGUAAGGUCUCACGACGGCGGGGAGAAACCUGCACGUUUCGCUUUGCAAACAUUUGACGGGAGUCGGCUGAUGUUUUUCGAACGCUGGUUUCUGUGUGUGGGGGGGAGAGAAAGAGAGAGAAAGAAGUAAUAUUUUGACUACUACCAAACUGAGCUGCUUCACUGAGAGCUCUGUGUGAGGGAAGAGUAACUGAAGCUCGCGUGGAUGUUCGUUUCAUUUCUCCAUCGUGUUCUUUUUCUUUCCCCCCUCCGCUUGGUUCUGUUGCAUCUUUUACGGUUUAUUUUACCCUGAACGUUUUGGAAAUAAAAAGAAAAACACUUCAACUGUU